AUGAAGGCAUUAAUAGUGGCCCUUGGUGCCGCAUUGGUUAUCAAGGCUGCUCCCUUUCCGGUGUCAUCUAUACCACCUGAACCGCUCGAGGCAGCAUCAGCCGAUACCAUUCCGCCGGCUUCUUCUGGCCCCAUCUCCUCUCCCCUUCCCUUUUAUCAGGGUGCGGAAGGAGAUGACGAGCUCGCCGACAGACUGUGCAAAGCCGGCGGCAGCGGUGUCUACUGCCACACCAAGACUCUCGUGAGACCAAGUCUCACAGUCUACUCAACCAGGCCCAUCGUCAUACCCAUUGCCCACACCAGAACCGUAGCUGCGUGGCAGCCAACAUCGGGAGCUGCCACAGUUGCCAGUCCUCACCCCUCGGCCGAACCAUCCGCCCAGCCUUCUUUGCAAAUCUCUCCCAUCGCUUCUCCUUUGGCCUCCUCGCUUGUCUUUCCCCGGCCUUCACCUGAACCGAAGGUCGAGGUGGAAGUCAAGACUGAGGUGAAAACCGAGGUCAAGAGCGAGCUCGAGAUCGAAGUUGAGGAGGAGGUCCCGACUGAUGUCGAGACUGAUGCUGAGACCGAGGCCCAACAUGAGCUACAAGAUGAGCUAGAGGUGGGGGGGCAACAGGAGUUUGCCUCUGACUACCCCUCUGUCCGGGCCUCUGCUACCAUUCCUUCUGUCCGGUCAGACCCUUUGCCUACACCGCAGCCAUCGCCCAAGCCAGAAGCCUCUGCCCCCAGUGCUCAGUCCAACCCGUCCACCGCUACAGAGGUUCCUUUCCCCAAGCCUUCUCCUGCCGGUGCGGAGUAUGACCUUGGCUGCCACCCGAACAGCAAAACACCAUGCAAUGCCUCCAAGAAGUGGGGUCACUCUGUUGAUGAAGGAAAUUACAAUGGCUAUGAUGGAGAGUCUGGCUUCAGACCCGGCAAGUCUCGGGGCGAUCUUGAAGACUGGGAAAGCGAAUGGACAGAUGAUGACUAUUUCGGCGGCGGUCCAGGCUUCGACUUCCCCGAUUAUAGUGAUUUUGAUGAUGAGAGGGGAGGAAAAGGCAACUUCCCUGGCGGCAACCUGGACAAGGACAACAAAUUUGGCGGCAACCAGCAUGACAACAACCACGGUGACAACAACCAUGAUAACAACAACCACGAUGAUAAACAUCACCACAAGCACAAGGACCACAAGCACAAGGACCACAAGCACAAGGACCACAAGCAUGACAAGCAUGACAAGCACGACAAGCACGACAAGCAUGACAAGCACAAGGAUAAGCAUCAUGAUGAGGACAAAGAUGAAAAGAGUCCAUUCCCAGGUAUUCCUCAUCUUCCAGGCGGCAAUAAUGACAGGCACGAUGAUCACAAGCACGAUGAUCACAAGCACGACAAUAAGCACGACCACAAGCACCAUGACAACAAGCACCAUGAUAACAAGCACCAUGAUAACAAGCACCAUGAUAACAAGCACCAUGAUAACAAGCACCAUAAGUAUGACCACAAGCAUGACCACAAGCACGAUGACCACAAGCAUGACAACAAGCAUGACAACAAGCACGAUAACAAAGACCAUAAUGGUGGGAAUCCUUUCCCCGGAUUCCCUGUUCCUGGUGGUCAGCACGGUCAUGGUGGACAAGACGGUCAUGGCGGACACGAUGGACAUGGUGGAGGAUUCCCUGGAGGUCACGGCAAUGGCGGUCAUGGCUUCCCCCCCUAUGGUGACAGUGGUUUUGGAGGUCAUGAUCAUGACCGUUUUGAGGACGAGUCUGGACAUGAUGACUUCGGCCAUGGCCACAAUGGCAACAACCAUGGCAGCGACCCCAACCCUCUCUACCCUCCUCCUCGGGUGUCUCCCGAUCAUCUACCAGAUCAUGACGGCCGCCCUGACACCGGACCAUACGGCGUUCCGAUCCCUCCACCGCCUCCUGUGCCUGGCUUCGACAGAAACGGACAUAGCAACGGGUAUGGUGGCCAAGACGGAUCUGGGUUUGAUCGCGGUCACGGCCACAGCGGCAAUCUUGGUGAUGAUUAUCACAGAGCUCGAUGCCCUGAAGGCUACUCUUGCCGCCCUGUUCAAUACUGUGACCGAAGGACUCCAUUCUGUGAAAUUGAUACUGACCGCUGCCCUCCGUUCCAAUCUUGCCAACCCAACUACCCCGAACACGCCCAUCCAUUCCCCCCGCGGGACGUCAACCUCAACACCACAGGCGGUUACCGGCCCCCGCCUCCUGUUCCCUGCGAGGGCGAACACUGCAACCAUGUACCGACGCCGUAUGUGCCUUGCCAUGGGGACAAUUGCCCUCCUCCCUAUGUUCCUUGCAGAGGAGCUGGUUGCCUUCCACCUCCUCCGCCUUACGUGCCUUGUCAGGGAGACAACUGCCCUCCUCCGCCGCCAGUUCACUGCGGUAAUGGGACAGACUGUGGGCCGUUCAUUCCUGCCCCUCCUGCUAAGCACUGCAAGGGCAGCAACUGUGAGGUGAAUACCCAGGAGCCCGCUAGCUGCGAUGACGAUGACGAUGACGAUGACUGCUGGGACACCUCGGACGACUCGGGCAGUGACAGUGACGGUGACUGCGAUUCCAGCUCCGGGUCUGACUCUGAUUCGGAUUCGGAUUCAGACUGCGACUCCGGAAGCGAAUCCGACCACGAGCCCACCAAGUGUGUGAAGCCUCAACAGCCUCAGCAGCCCCAGCAGCCUCAACAGCAGCCCCAACCUCAGCAGCUCCAACCUCAGCAACCUCAGCAACCUCAGCCUCCCAAACCCGAGUGCGAAGAGCAGCCCGAGUGCGGGAAGCCUCAACCUCCGGCCCAACCUCCCAAGGCAGAGAAUUCCCAACCUCCAGCACCCCAGGCUCCUCCUUAUGAGCAGCCCAACUAUAUACAGCCUCAACCUGCUCCUCAAGGGAAUGCCUCCAAUCCCCCACCGGCCCCUUGCUGCUCGGGCCCCGAGCCGGUUCCGGUCCCAGUCCCAGCACAUGUUCCGGAGUAUGAGUCUGACUCUGGCUCUGACUCCGACUCUGGCUAUGACUGUGGUUCUUCCUCCGACUCUGGCUCCGACUCUUGUUCCGGCUCCGACUCUGACUCGGAUGAUGAGGAUGACUAUUGGGCUCCCCCAGUUGCUCCGCACGAAGAGUGCCCCGAGGACGACGGUGGUCCGAGUGGUUGCGGCGGUGGCAACCCCCCUGCCCCUCCCAUUGAUGAUGGAGGCUAUGUUGAAGAGCAAAGCUACGUCCCGCCUCCUCCACCGGUCAUCGGCGGCCCCGGCCCUGUGAUCCCCUCUCCUCUGCCUGAGCCGGCCCAGCCUUACGAGGCCCCUCCUGCUCCUGCUCCUGCUCCUCCUCAUGAGCAACCCCCCGCGACACCAUCCGAUUCCGCCCCGCUACCAGUCUACACUGCAGGAGCGGCGGUCAAUUUCCAGGCCAGCUUCGGCAUGGCUGGGUUCGUGGCUGUUGCCGUGGCAGCAAUCGGGCAGGUUUACUAG